UCAUGCGCAGAAAGCACAGUUUUGUUUGAAGUGAAUUGCAGUUAGUCCGGCGGAUUGAGCAGCACGAAAAGAAUAGACAACUAGGUGUAGUAGCACUGAUAUCGUAGACAUAUUAUUCUCCUUGCAUGUGUUUUCGUAGACCAUUCAUUUUCUCUCCGCGUAGUUUGUUGAUUUGCUUAAUGCAGUGCCAUCACAAUGUUGGGACAUCAUUACCCAAACGUGGAAAAAACACAACUGGUCAGUUACGUGGAGGAUUAUCUUGAAUGUGUGGAGUCUUUGCCUUUGGACAUACAGAGGAAUGUUUCAUUGUUGCGGGAAAUUGAUACAAAGUAUCAGGAGGUGCUGAAGGAGGUCGAUGGCGUCUACGAGAAGUACAAGAAGGAGACUGACGGAGGCCAGAGGAAGCGCCUGCAGCUCCAGCUCCAGCGGGCCCUGAUCAGCAGCCAGGAGCUGGGGGACGAGAAGAUCCACGUGGUGACGCAGAUGAUGGAGCUGGUGGAGAACCGCGCGCGGCAGAUGGACUCGCACUCGCUGUGCUUCCAGGAGCCCGCCGAGGCGGAGAGGAGCGGCGCGGCCGCCGCGGAGAAGGCCAAGCCGGAGGCUGCCGCCGCCGCCGCGUCCACGCCGCACCCCGAGCGCUCGUCGGCCCGAAGACCGCGCCGCCAGCGCAACAGCGAGAGCCGCGACUCCUGCCACGGCGGCGGCGGCGGUGGCGGUGGUGCCGCCGGGGCCGGCGCCAACGGCGUGGACGAGCCGGGCGAGGAGCCGCCGCCCCGGGAGAAGAAGUCGAAAUCCGCCAAGAAGAAGAAGCGCUCCAAGGCGGCCAAGCAGGAGCGCGAGGCGUCGCCGGUGGAGUUCACCAUCGACCCGAACGAGCCCACGUACUGCCUGUGCGACCAGGUGUCCUACGGCGAGAUGAUCGGCUGCGACAACGAACAGUGCCCCAUCGAGUGGUUCCACUUCUCCUGCGUGGGGCUCACCUACAAGCCCAAGGGCAAGUGGUACUGCCCCAAGUGCAGGGGGGACAGCGAAAAGACCAUGGACAAAAGCAUCGAAAAGACGAAAAAAGACAGGAGGUCUAGGUAGUGGACUCAUUUUUUUAUUUUAUUUUAUUUUUUAUGUUUUUUCUUUCUCCUUGUUUCUUUCCUACCGUUAUAUAUGCUCGAUAAAACAAUCUUGUCUGAGAGGCUAUGCAAUCUAUGGCGUUAAUACAAUACUGACGUGUUCAGACAUGGUCAGUUUGAUGGUGCAUCCAUAAAAAAAAAUACACAACAUGAUCAUAAGCAGGUGCUGUGCCAACACUGGUAUAUUCGCGUAGAUUGCCAGGUGACCUCUUGUAAGAAAACCGAGAAAGUCAUCGUCAUAAAUACUACAAUUCACGGUCACCUCUGUCAGACACAAAAGUGGAAAUGCACUUGGGGAAGUUUCAUUUGGCAUUAAAUUUCCAAACUGAAAUGAAAAGUUUACUUUACUGUCAUUGUGGGGAAUGCAUUCUUUUUCUAGGUCUUGUCCAAUGCAGGUCUGUGAACACAUAACGUUUUGAUAUACAGUAUGUAUUUUUUGUGUGUGCGUGUGUUUGUAAAACAAGAAAGAUUUGGCCUUUUAAAUGUCUUCCAAAAACCAGUUACUACUUACUUCACUGUUGUAUAUUUUGUUCAUCAUUUCUGAUGCGAUCUCCUCAAAUUUGCAGUAUUUAAAUAAACCUGUGACAGUUGACUGUU